GAAGGGUAAACAUUUUGGAAAUACCUCAUCUUUCUGCGUCAGACGCCGAUGGAGCAGCAGCAGCCAAUGCAAUCGGCUGAUGUCGGCUCUGCCACCAUUAUUUGCAGCACCGGUGGUAUGUCAUCGGCUGUUGGCCUGUGUCCUCGCAUUGUAAUAAAGAGUGUGAGAGAGUAGCAGGAAGGGACAAGCUAGUAGAUAACUAUGAAGGAGCGGAAAGUGAGCCUGUCCCAAUUCCUGUUGGAAGAGGAGGGAGCCAAUAGUACCCAUAAUGAGUGUCAACGACAGCUGCAGCUUCAGCCCCACUCUUUGUCUUCCUCUUCGGUGUUGUCCAACUUGCUGUGGAUGCCGAUUCAUCAACUUCAAGACAAGAGAGGCUUGGUGGGUGUUCCGAUCCGCAAGCAUUUUUCGCCGGGGAUCUGGUGCAAUGGGGUAAUUAUCAACGUCAAGGCCAAGAGCAAAAAGAGCAAGAAACGGGGUAUACUCAAAUACUGUACCAUUCGGUAUUAUCAUAACAACAAUCUACUCGUCGAGAAGGAACAAGAAGAUCUCCGCAUUGACGAAACCCUAGAUCUAUGGAUCAUUGCCUACGAAAUGUUCCACAUUCCGCCAGCUAUUCGGACUACCCUAUCCACACCCACCUUGUUCCAGCACUACAACCACCACCAUACUAAUGAUCCCAAGACCAGUGCUGCUCCGUAUACACUCAACCAAUUCCUCCAACUCCUGGCAUACACGGAACAAGUCCACGGGGGAGCUACCAUGGAAGAUAUGGAAUCCAGUCGCCUGAUUCAGAUUAAACCCCAUUCCACGGCCACCGAAGUCUACGGGCGCAUGCUACCCCACGCCAUGGACAAGAUUUUGCGACAUUACUUUUGUUUGAAACCCACCGAUUCGGUCGUCGACAUUGGUCACGGCAUUGGCAAUUCCUGUCUCCAAGCCGCAUACACCAUUGGAUGCAAAGCCCGGGGCAUUGAAUGCGACAAGGCCCGCAAUGCCGUCGCUCAAAUACUCGCCCGACGACUCCAAGAUGCCGUCCACACGCAUCAAACCCGCGAUGGCAUGACGUUUACACCCGGCAGUGUCUUGUUUCGACACGGCAAUUUGCAAGAUUUGGAACAUCAAGAGUUUUUAAGUACCGAUUUGACGCAUAUUUUCUUUGACAAUUGGAAUGGUGUCUUUAGUGGCGAACGGGGGAAUGCCAAGAAUCUGGAACGAUACGUGGCGGCGUGGUUUGCCGCGGCGCCCGAGGGGACUGUCAUGUGUACCGUGUCGCCGUUGCGAGCGGCAUUGGGGUGUUUGCCCUUGGCGGAAGCACUCAAAAUUCGACAACAGCGCAAUUUAGCGCUGACGACGCACGAAGAAAUGAAUUUGGCAUCCUAUUACACAGUGGCAGACUUUGAAUUGGGGACACUGGCCAGCGUCUACAACUUUGGGGGUGACGAAAAAGGAAAGACCCAAGUACGAUGUUAUCGAUACGUCCGAACACGGCAGAAUCGAUCCAUGGCCGUAUUCUUGUGCAACAAUCCACUCUGUGACAAGGCAAAACGGGGUAUACCCAUUGAAGCCAUUCAGUUGGAAGAAUCACCCGAUGGGAAACAAGGCGCCGUCAUUGGGGCUUGUGAAUGUCGCGUCUCGGAUCGGGUGUUGCGCCGCAAACGCAAGCGCAAAGAAAAAUUUGAAUUGUAAUACUGUGAGCAUAAUAUUAUGGAGCGGAAGUGAGCCUGGGGAUUGAAAUGGCAAACCCUCCACGAUGAAUGAACCGAAACACUGUACGUGGGAACAAACUGUGCACCUCCAUUGUGGUGCUGCUAUUGCAUGGCUAAACUAAACUGGAUGGCAACAUUGGACGUGGCCAGCCUACAGAAUAAAAGGUAUGAUGUAAUGAAAAUUGAAUCUCU